AUGUUGAAGCUGGUGAUAGCGUGUCUCCUUCCAACCCUUGCAUAUUCGGCAGUUCAGUGCUACGUUGGUCAGAAACUGUUUUCCUACGAAUCCACAAAUGCAAUCUGUGCCAAAUUCAUUCCAUACACGUGUGCCGUCCAAUGCGAAUGGCGUAAGCAAUGCAGUGAACACACGUCAUUUUCCGCUUUCCGCGGACGUCGUACUUUCGUCUCUGGCCUUCUUCUCAAUUCGAAAUCUUUGAUGGUUUUGUGUUGCGCUUCAUUGGCUACUCGAGUGGAGACAGACAGCACCGGUCGUGAAAAGUGUAUCUGGAGAGACACCGAAUCCAUUUCGGUCCUUGGCCCAUCCAUCAGAACUAAUCCAGUGUUGGCACCAAACCACUACAUUCGUGAUGUGAAAAUGGAGAGAGAUGGAAGUUCCCGUGUUGACGUCACCAUCGAAGUUUGUCAGUACCAAUCCGAAAGAGAUCAUUGCAAAGUUGAAGAGAUGAGCGAAUUUGAGAAGAAGCGGUUUGAUGUUAUCAAGGGAAAGCUUGAUAAGGCUAAUUCGCAUAUCGCCACAACGACGGCGCCAACGGAGGUCAAGAACGAGGACGAUUUCCUUAACAAGAAGCUCCGCAACUAA